UCUCUCCACCACCCCGCUGAAAAUACUUUAUUAAUGACAAGGCGGCAUAAAGCCACAGAACUCCAUCUGCUCUGGGACGAUCCAGACAGCAGCAUGGCACCAGCCCCAGCUGCAGAGUACAUGCUCUCGGAUGCCCUGCUGCCUGACCGCAGGGGCCCCCGCCUCAAAGGACUGCGCCUGGAACUGCCCCUGGACCGGAUAGUCAAGUUUGUAGCUGUCGGCUCCCCCUUGUUGCUGAUGUCCCUGGCAUUCGCCCAGGAGUUCUCCUCCGGGUCUCCAAUCAGCUGCUUCUCUCCCAGUAACUUCAGCGUCCGGCAGGCGGCCUAUGUGGACAGCUCCUGUUGGGACUCACUGGUUCACCAUGAGCAGGACGGGCCUGGCCAGAGCAAGAUGAAAUCUCUCUGGCCCCACAAGGCCCUCCCCUACUCCCUGCUGGCCCUGGCCUUGCUCAUGUACCUGCCAGUGCUGCUGUGGCAGUAUGCAGCUGUGCCAGCCCUCAGCUCCGAUCUGCUGUUCAUCAUCAGCGAACUGGACAAAUCCUAUAAUCGCUCCAUCCGCCUGGUGCAGCACAUGCUGAAGAUCCGGCAGAAGAGCUCCGACCCCUAUGUGUUCUGGGAUGAGCUGGAGAAGGCUCGGAAAGAACGAUACUUUGAAUUCCCUUUGCUAGAGCGGUACCUGGCAUGUAAGCAGCGUUCACAUUCACUAGUGGCUACCUACUUUCUGAGGAACUCCCUAUUGCUCCUCUUCACCUCCGCCACUUACCUAUACCUUGGUCAUUUCCAUCUGGAUAUCUUCUUCCAGGAAGAAUUCAGCUGCUCCAUCAAGACAGGGCUGCUAAGUGAUGAGACCCAUGUCCCCAGUUUAAUCACGUGCAGGCUGACAUUGCUGUCCGUUUUCCAGAUUGUUAGCCUCUCCAGCAUAGCAAUAUACACCAUAUUGGUUCCAGUGAUAAUAUACAACCUCACACGACUAUGUCAGUGGGACAAACGACUCUUAUCUGUCUAUGAGAUGCUCCCAGCUUUUGAUCUCCUCAGCAGAAAGAUGCUAGGAUGCCCCAUCAAUGACCUCAAUGUGAUCCUUCUUUUCCUCCGAGCUAACAUCUCUGAGCUCAUCUCUUUUAGCUGGCUGAGUGUCUUAUGUGUGUUAAAGGAAACAACCACCCAGAAGCACAAGAUUGACACAGUAGUUGAUUUUAUGACUUUAUUGGCUGGCUUAGAACCCUCAAAACCCAAACACCUCACCCACCCUGCAUGUGAUGAACACCCAUAGUUAAAAAGCCAU